AUGUAUUAUAAUUGGUUUCAUCUAAUCAUACUUUAUUAUUUGAUUCAUCAAUGUUUGCCAUGCGUUUUUGUUAUUAAUACAGGAAACCAAGUUCAAACACAAUCUUAUGACUGUAUUCCGUAUACAAAUAAAGUUUAUAAUUUACAAUCAAUAAAAUAUUGUAUUCGAACAGAUGGAUUAAUGGAGCUAAAACGAACAAUGAAUAAGGACACUGAUUGCUUGAAUAAUGGAAAAAAAUACAACUUUUAUUCAUUAAAAACACAUGGUAUAGAACCCAUGGAAAUUUUGAAUUGGAAUUCAGGGAUCGAAUUAGCUGAUUCCUAUGCAGCAUAUUUAAAUAGAAACCGAACAUGCUAUAAAACUUUAACAUGUAAUUUUGGAUUAUUAUGUCUUGAUUGGAGAAACAUAUGUGAUGGUGAACAGCAAUGUUUUGAUGGUUUGGAUGAAAAUAAUUGUGAAUUAUUAGAAUAUAAUGAAUGCCAACCUAAUGAAUAUCGAUGUGAAAAUGGACAAUGUAUUGAUGAAGAAUUCUUUUUAGAUGGUGAUAUAGAUUGUAUGGAUCGUUCUGAUGAACAAUACAAAAUCUUAUCACAAUUUCAUAUUGUAUUUACAACUUGUGGAUUUAAACCGGAUUUUAAUUGUGAUGAAUUAUUAUUACCAAGAAAAGACUUCUCUUGUGGUGAUGGUGGACUCUACCCAGAUAGAGUUAUAUUCCAUAGAGAGUUAUUUGACGGUGAUCAUUGUUUUAGUUUUAGGGAUAAAAAUUUUAUGUGUGAAUUAGAUAAAUAUGUACCGAUGUGGACGAUGAAUAAUGGACAGUGUGUACUCUACGGUCGGUUAGAAGGUAACAGUACGAAUGAUAUAUGUUUAUUUUUGAUUAAAUGCGCAUUAAACAAUGGUCAAGGACUCGGAUGUCCUUGUAAUGGUCAAAAUUGUAAAAAUAUUAUUAUACAUUAUGGUUGUACAAUAGACGAUGGAUAUGUUGAAUAUCCUAAAGGAGGUCCACAAUACGAUCAAAACUGUUGGAAUAAUUCGUAUAAAUCGUUCAAAUGUCCAUAUUCUGAUCGAUGUAUAUAUAUAUAUCGUGUAGCUGAUGGAAACGUUGAUUGUGAAGUAAAUGAUGAUGAACCAUUUUUAACGAAUGGUGCAUAUUUUGCUCCCGUAAAUUGUUCAUCAAUUCAAAAACAUCGUUUUCGUUGUUCAAUAGAAGAAUCAUCAUGUUUUUUAAGUUCAAAUAUUGGAGAUUCUGUUCGACAUUGUAUCACAAAUAAUCGUGAUGAAUAUUCUGUUGAAAUGGAAUUAAAAUUAUCAAAUAGUCUAUGCACAGUUAAAAAUUCUGUUGAAAGUACAUUAGUGAAAAAAUAUAUCGAGCAAUCGUCAUCGCUUAUUUCAUUAACAAACACAACAGAUAAUAAUACAAAUAUAAAUUUGGCAUUAUUAUCUUCUAAAUCAAUGUUAUUUAGUCAAUAUUGUGAUACAUUUUGGGAUUUAAUAUUAGGUUUUGAUGAAACAUCAUAUUUAUGCAAAGAAUGGAUUUGUCCAAGUAACUAUUAUCAAUGUUUGAAUGGACAAUGUAUUCCAUUGGAUUGGAUUUGUGAUGAAUGCCUACAAGAACAUUAUAUUCGUCCAUUUUCCAAUAUUUGUACUAUUUUUGAAUAUCCAUGUAUAUUAGCCAAUGUUGAAGAUCCAUUUAAUUUUACUGAAAAUCGACCAUGUAUAAAUGUUAGUAAAAUAGGCGAUGGAAAAUCUGAUUGUUAUGGUGGAUUAGAUGAACGAAACGUUCGUAGUUGUUCUUUACAACGAAUGUUAGGUUUUGAAUUUGAAUGUCAAGCUGAAAAACCUCAAGAUAUUGCUGAUAGUCAUUGUAUUCCAUAUGGUGACCAAUGUAGUCUUCGUUGUUUAAAUGGUGAAGACGAAACAUUAUGUUUUUAUUUAAAAAAUAAUUCUAGAAUUCGUUGUGAUGGUUCAAUGGCUACGGAAGCAGAAUCGUACAAAGACGUUCAUUGUCUUAAUGAUACAUGCAUACCAAAUGCAAGAUGUAAUGGAAUUUCUGAAUGUUUCUAUGGUGAAGAUGAAUACUAUUGUAGCAAAGAAUCAGCAAUAUUUACAAAAUAUCGAGGCUUUAAACAUCGUUACAUGAAUAAUAUUCUACAAACAGUUAAUCUACCGAACUAUUCAGAAAAAGUUGAUGAAACAUUAAACCAAGAUCAAAUUAUACGGCAUAUAAAAGAUCGUGAUUACAGUAAUCAUUUUCUUCAAAGUUCACCUAAUCUAUCCUCUAUUAUUCAUCAGAUUAUCUCGAAUAAAAUAUCAUCUUCACUUCAGAUCAUGAGUUUUGUCAAUGAUACACAGCGAAAUAGAAAUACAAAUGACUACAUAUACUUUAAUCAAAGUAACGUUAACUAUACUCUUUUACAAAUCGAACAAUCCCUGAUAAAUCAAUCAAUUGAGCCAUGGACAUGCAAUCGAGGAGUAGCAGUCACAAGACGAAUUAAUAAUUCUUCAAAUCCAAUCAUUGAAUGUUUUUGUCCACCAAGUUAUUUUGGACGAUUUUGUCAAUAUUAUAGCGAUCGUAUAACAAUUAUUACACAUUUAGAUGGUUUAAAAUAUAUUUAUAAAGAUCCUCAACAGUUACUGAAUAUUACAAUCAAAGUAUUAGCUACGUUCAUUCAUAACGAAAGUGAUAUUAUUGAUCAUAAUGAAAUUCAUUUUGCACCAGUAUUAAACAAUUUACAAGAAAAACAAAAGUUUUAUUUUGUUUAUCCAAGACCAAGAACAUUAUCUCGAAAUCGUCUUUAUAAAAUACGCUUUGAAGCAUUUGAACUAAAUAUGAAUACCACUAUUCGAUUAUUAGCUAUUUGGGAAUAUUCAAUUGAUUUUAAUUUUCUUCCAUCAUUUCGUAUAGCAAAAAUAUUAAAAUUUCAACAAAAACAAGAACAACAAACUCACCAUAUUUGUGAAAUAAAUCCCUGUCAAAAUAAUGGUACUUGUUAUCCUAUAAUGAACAACAGUGAUUCAACUAUGUAUUUUUGUUAUUGUGUCAAUAAUUCAUAUGGAAAAAAUUGUGAACAUAUUGAUGACUCUAGUUGUUCAAUAUGCUCAUCGAAUUCUUUAUGUCGACCACAUUAUCAUAAUACUGAUGAUCCAUUAUGUUUAUGUCCAAUAAAUCGUUUCGGUCCAACGUGUCAUUUAGAAAGAAAAUGUGAUAUGUUUAAUAAUAAGAAUCCCUGUUUAAAUGGAGGAUCAUGUUCUGUCAAAUAUGAUCAAGAUGCUUUAAUAAGAGAUUAUGUUUGUAUUUGUCAAGCCAUGUAUUAUGGUGACCAUUGUCAAUAUCUGCCUAGCCGAAUUAAUAUACAAUAUUUGAUCAAUGAUAUUAAUCUUCAUUCGACUCUUGCAUCUGUCAUUCAACUUUAUAAUUAUGAUUUUCUAACAUUAGAUUUGAUUUUAGAACAACAACAAGUUUAUGAAGGUGAACCAACGUAUUCAAAUAUUAUCUAUUCUGGACAAUUGUUACCAAGUCUUGGUUUCCUUAAAGUAUAUUAUCAUGAUAAACAACAUCCAAUAACACUAAAUGUCAAAUACUUUAUUUUAUAUAGUCGAAAAGAUGAAAGAAAUAUUAGUUUAACAGUUACUUUAAACAUGAACAAUUCUUGUCCGCAUACACAUUUAUUAUUUUUUUCCAAUGUGUCACAAACAGAAUAUCUACUACCAAAUGAACGUGUCUGUGUCACCAUAUAUCCAAGUGGUAUUUCGAUUAAAAAACCUAAAGUAGCCAUUAUUAUAACUAUUUCCACAAUACUGUUUAUAUUAGGUUUACACGCUCAUGAACUCAUUUAUUACAAUGUUGUUCCUGAUCCAAAAUAUACAAAAAGCGGGACAUGGUGUGUUACACAAUAUGAUAAACAAGUGUCAUUUUAUAACCAAGCAAUAACAAUUUUCAAUUAUAUAAUACCAUGUCUAAUUAAUUUUGUUUCAGCACUUAUUCUCAUUCUAGUUGUUGCACGCAAACAUGCUAAUACAAAUCAGCAAAAAUCUUAUAUUAAAGUGUUUCAACAACAACUUCAACACUACAAAGAAUUAUUUAUUCCAUCAGUUUUUAUCAUUUUAAGUGCAUUACCUCAAUUUAUUAUAUCAUUUAGUUUAGCAUGCACAGAAUUUUUAGAUAUUCCAUGGCAACGUUAUUUAGUAAUAACAGCGUAUUUUUUAUCAUAUUUACCUCAGAUGACCAAUUAUAUUCUAUUUAUAUUACCAUCUGUUUUAUACAAAACAGAAUUUGAUUGUACAUUAUUAGGACAACAGUUGAAAAAGUUUAAAAAGCAAUUCUACACCAGACUUGGUAAAAAGCUGUAA